AUGACUACAAAAUGGAAGUUGAACACGGGAGCAGAGAUCCCAGCCAUUGGAUUCGGCACCUGGCAGGAUGAGGGUGAGCAAGAAGAUGCGGUAGUGGAGGCACUCAAGGCUGGAUACCGUCACAUCGACACCGCGCGUGUUUACGGAACCGAGAAAGCUGUCGGCAAAGGUGUCAAGAAAAGCGGCGUCCCGCGCGAAGAUAUCUUCAUCACAACCAAGCUAUGGAACAACAAGCACCACCCAGACGAUGUGGCACCGGCUUUGCAGCAAUCCCUGGACGAUUUGGGAAUGGACUACGUUGAUUUGUAUUUGAUGCACUGGCCCGUGGCUUGGAAGAGAGGCGAGGAUCUCUUUCCGAAGAAGGAUGGAAAGCCAGCUAUGGAGAAUAUCGACAUCGUCGACACAUACGCAGCAAUGGAGCUGCUUCUGAAAACCGGCAAGACGAGGGCGAUCGGCGUCUCAAACUGCGACAAGUCUGAGAUGGAGCGCCUGAUCAAGAACAGUUCCAUCGUCCCCGCUGUGCACCAGAUGGAAUGUCAUCCAUGGCUACAGCAGCAUGAUUUCACAGCAUGGCAUCGAGAGAAUAGUAUCCAUGUCACGCACUACUCGCCGUUUGGGAACCAGAACAAUCUCUAUGGCGAGAAAGGGAAGGACGGGCCCGCGAAGCUGAUCGAAGAGCCCGUGUUGGCCGAAAUAGGCAAGAAAUACAACAAAUCCGGUGCUCAGGUUGCUCUUGCUUGGGGAGUCUCGCAGGGCCACUCAGUGCUGCCUAAGUCCAAAACACCCAUGAGGAUUAGGGCCAACUUGCAAGGAGACUUCAAGCUGAGCCCGGAGGACAUGAAGAAUAUUGAGAAACUCAACAAGAAGCUUCGUUUCAAUGACAGCAGUGACGAGUUUGGCAGGGUCUUCUUCAAUGAUCUGGAGGGAAAGACCUGA